AUGUCGUCUCCAAACUCGGGCACCAGCCCCGAUCUCAGAAACCGACGCCCCAAUGGCUCCAAGCAGCCCGAAACGGCAGCCACUCGUGUUGAGAAACCACACUUCGAAUUCGGCGGGUCUCUCGGUGUAUCCGCUCUAAUGAUCGGAUUCCCCCUGCUAAUGUACUACAUGUACAUUGGCGCCACCUUCUACAACGGCAAACUGCCCCUGCCAGAGCCCAACCAACCGAUCCCCGAGUUUCUCGCCCACCUCGUCGACCUCGUCUACACCCACGCAUUCCCAACCAAGAAAGCCUGGCUCAUCUACUGGUCCUUCCUCACCUUCGAAGGCUUCGCAUACCUCUACUUUCCCGGCGUCUACCGCGUCGGCAAGCCCCUCCCCCACCUCAACGGCGCCCAGCUCCCCUACUACUGCUCCGCCGUCUGGAGCUGGUUCGCCACCAUCGCCCUCGCCCUGACUCUCCACUUCACCGGCCUCUUCCGCCUUACAACCCUCAUAACCGACUUUGGCCCUAUAAUGUCCGUUGCCAUUGUGUCGGGAUACCUGGUUUCUAUAAUAGCGUACAUCUCGGCUCUCGCCCGCGGCGCCCAGCACCGCAUGACGGGCUCUCAUAUCUACGACUUCUUCAUGGGCGCGGAACUCAACCCGCGUCUGUUCAGGUGGAUCGAUAUGAAGAUGUUCUUUGAAGUGCGGAUUCCGUGGUUUAUAUUGUUUCUCCUGACGCUUGCGACGGCGCUCAAGCAGUACGAGGAGCGCGGGGUCGUCUCGGGCGAGGUGUGCUUCCUCCUCAUGGCGCACUUCUUGUAUACGAAUGCUUGUGCAAAGGGGGAGGACUUGAUUAUUCCCACUUGGGACAUGUACUACGAGAAAUGGGGCUUCAUGCUUAUAUUCUGGAACCUCGCCGGUGUACCCAUGUCCUACUGCCACUGCACCCUGUACCUGGCCUACAACGACCCCUCAACCUACUACUGGAGCAACAAGCACCCGGCAAUGCUCCUCCCCUGGGCGGCCGCUUACAUCUUCUUCUACUGGAUCUGGGACACCUGCAACAGCCAGAAAAGCAUCUUCCGGGCCGAGGAGCGCGGCGCGAAGGUGGAUCGUGCGUCGUUUCCGCAGCUGCCGUGGCGGGCUGUUAAGAAUCCGAGGACGAUUAGGGUUCGCGAGGGUGAGGAUCAGGGGGCGUUGAUUCUUUGUGAUGGGUGGUACGGCAUCGCCCGCAAAAUCCACUAUACAUGCGACUGGUUCUUCGCGAUAAGCUGGGGUCUGAUUACCGGCUUCGACUCGCCGUUUCCGUGGUUCUACUCGGUCUUCUUCUCCGUUAUGAUUGUGCACCGUGCGCGCAGGGAUAUUCAGCGCUGUCGCGAGAGGUACGGCGAGGCUUGGAAGGAGUAUGAGAAGAGGGUGCCGUGGUUGUUUAUUCCGUAUGUUAUUUGA